CCCUUUCAUCUUCUUACCCCCCCGCAUCGCUAAACUCCCCCUAACGCCAAUCCCACCACUAUCUUAGAACAUACAACUACGAGAGGCUUCAACUACGUCAAAAUGUCCAAGGCCGUUUUCCUGACCAAAGCAGAAGGCAAACCGGGCCAGGUCUACUAUCCCCUUUCCGUGCAGACCCAGGUCCUCCCUACCCCACAGGGCCGCGAGCUACUCAUCAGGCUGACCGCGGCCUCGCUCAACCACCGCGAUGUCUUCCUACGCCAGCAUCUGUACCCGGGAGUCACGUUCGAUGUCCCCCUCGGUGCAGACGGAGUGGGUACGGUGGUCGGGGCGGGUCCCGAUGUCACUGACCCGCAGCGCUGGCAGGGGAAACGGGUGAUCCUGAAUCCCGGAGUGGGCUGGGACAGGUCGCCUGAUGGCCCGGAAGAUCCCAAGGGGUAUCGGAUCAUGGGCGGAACGAAAUUAUACAACAAGGGGACGCUUCAGGAGUAUGUGGCCAUCGAGGAGUCCGAGGUUGAGGAGGCGCCGGAACACCUUUCGGAUGCGGAGGCCGCGGCACUUCCUUUGACGGGGUUGACCGGGUGGCGGGCGUUGGUGGUCAAGGCUGGCGAGAGGAACUCGGGCAAGGGGGCUGCCAUUCUGGUCACGGGGAUCGGAGGUGGGGUGGCUCUCAUGGUUCUGCGAUUCGCGGUAGCCCGAGGAGUCGACGUGUAUGUGACCAGCUCAAGCGAGGAGAAGAUCAAGAAAGCGGUUGAGCUGGGAGCCAAGGGUGGGGUGAAUUAUAAGGAGGAAGGAUGGGAGAAAAAGCUGCUGGGUCAGCUUCCCCCCGGAAAGCCGUCUUUCGAUGCGGUCAUCGACGGCGCUGGAGGCGAUGCAGUCGAGAAGGCUGUCAAGCUACUCAAGGCUGGCGGCAUCCUCUCGGUCUAUGGGAUGACGGUCGCUCCCAAAAUGCCAUUCUUGAUGCAAGCGGUGCUGAAGAAUAUUGAGGUGCGUGGGUCUACGAUGGGCUCGCGCAAAGAGUUCAAGGAGAUGGUCGAGUUUGUGAGAAGUCAAAAGAUCCAUCCGGUUGUGUCGCGUGUGGUUCAAAGCGAUCUGGGCGACAUUCCGGCACUGGAUGAUCUUUUCCAGGACAUGAAGGAGGGCAAACAAUUCGGCAAGCUGGUCUUCGAAUUCGGCAAGGCGUCGGGAAGCAAACUAUGAGCUGCUACGUUGAGCGCCAACUAUCAGUGAUAUACUCUAGACUGCAAGGAACAUAACUCAACAGAGAUAGUUAUGUAGCAAUGGUUGACUGUGCGCGCAAUUCGUGGGUCACUUCUUCCAGGGCCGCACCGUAAUGUCUGGCAAACAGACAGGUCGCCCUUUCCCUGUGUUAAAACGCUGUUGCUGCGCUGUUGCACAGUCAAUAGUCAACAGCGUGUUAACCGGCCCCUGGUCCUUCACAACAGCCGUACAUACAGUGCAUUCGUUACUUAGCACCGCGGCUUUAUCUUUCAUACCAAAAAGCCACUCUUUGAUUCUCUAGUCUCUAGCUCUUCCAACAUUCUGUGACUGAAGUGUCACAAUGAACGCCGAGCUUGUCCGGCGAUACGGGCCUGGCAUGUCCUUCUACCGGUCUCACCUCCAGUCCCCAGGCUUAACACAACCUGACAGCAAUUCCGCCAACGUGUCAC